AUGGCAGGUAGUCCACCGUCCUCGGAAGACUUCGAAUCGGAUGGUCCCUCCCCGGCGAGCCCAGUGAGCCCAACGACGUCGCGCGAAUUGGAACAUUUGAAAAAGCUCAUUGACCGGGACGAGUCACUGAACGCCAAGAUGGACAGCGAUUUCUUAAUGGCGUUCCUUCGUUUCUGCCACGCGAAGCACAAGCGUGCGUUCGAGGUGCUGAAGCGUUACUACGACUCCAAAAGGAAGGAGGCCGACCUGUUCCGCAACCUGUUGCCCUCGGAGUUGGACCACGUCUUCUCCAGGAACCUCGUCGGCCUGCUGCCCGAGAAGGACAGGAAGGGUCGCUUCAUCCUCAUUCUCAGGGCGGGCGCCUGGAACCCCAAUCAGGUGUCUUUCAUCGACGCGGUGCGUGCCAUUCUGCUGUGCUUCGAGUAUAUCAUGACGAAGAAGGGGGCGCAGGAGAAUGGCCUCAGCAUGCUCUGCGACUUCGACGGCUGGGGUUACAGCAGCAUUCUAGCAGUCCCCAGUUCGAGGAUCGGUGGCAUCACGGGAAUCUUUCCCGGCUACCCAAUCAGGAAGAAACGCGUUGACAUCGUGAAGCAGCCUUACAGCUUCAACGUAUUCUUCAAGAUGGUCACGCCGUUCUUAGACGCAGCGUCAAUCGCAAAGGUGCACUUACAUGGCACAGACACCAAAGCGCUGCACAAACGGUUCCCGGCCAAGAUCCUCCCUAAAGAGUUCGGUGGAACCAGGGGACCCUUCGACGCCUCCGUGUGCUACGAGUGGCUCAAGGCCAAGGAGGCCGCGUUCGCCGAAGACUUCGAGUACGGUUACAUCCAAGACUAG